UCCUCUUGGGCUUUUGGAUCAGACUGCAUGCCACUGGUUAGAAUAUAAUUGCUGAUUUCAAAAUCAUGAAAGUAACAAUGCUUAUUGGUUUUAGAAUAAUCUAAAUUGUCUUCAAUGUUAAUGCAGUGUUUUAACUGUACUUUUGCAAACUCCAUGACAGUUGCUUUCCAAAACAUCAGCAGUGAUCCCUGCUACAACUAUCAGUCUCUGGAUCGUCCCUGGAGAACCAACAAUGAAAGUGAAGAUCGUAUUUGUGAUAGAUUUUUCUCCUGGAAUGGCUGGUACCGGUUUUUCUACAAUGGAAUGAACAUCCAGAUGCCAGAGACCUGUGUUAGUUCAUACAGCUGUAACACACAGAUCACGCUGUACCUCAAUGGUCCUCACCCUCGGAUAGAGGAUGGAGUGGUGAUCAGGGAGGUCUGUGGAGGGACAUAUGGGACUCGCUGCUGUGAAUACAGAACAAGACCCAUCAGAGUGAAAGCAUGUCCAGGAAAUUACUACAUCUAUGAACUUGUGAAUCCAGACGUGUGGUGUGCGGGAUACUGCACAAGUACCAUGAUUUACUCCAUUUUUUUGACAAAGUCUUUAAAACAAUUUAAUUUUAAUCUCAUCAUCUCAUCACUCACAGAUUAUGACCCGUGCAAUAACUACAACACACUCAACAACUAUUGGAGAAACAUUCUCAGCUACGGGCAUCAAUAUGGACUCAAUUCUGAUUAUGAUGACACCCGUGUUAGUUGGGGCGGCUGGUAUCGACUCUACAUUAAUGGCUUGAGUGCUCAGAUGCCUGAAUGGUGUGUGUCUAACUUGGCAUGUGGAGGUUUUAGUUCUCUGUGGCUUGCCGGCUCUCAUCCUCGGCUUGGAGAUGGAGUUGUUACUCGUGAAAUUUACGGCUCUCACUUUGAGGAGUGCAGAUACUACAGAUCCAACCCAAUCCAAGUCAAAGCUUGUCCUGGAAAUUAUUAUGUCUACAAAUUUACCAGGCCUCCUCUUUCAAUCCCAGCUCCUGUAUAUUGUGCAGUACGUUUCACCACCCCAAGUGUCGACCCCUGCUACAACUACAACAGUCUAGAUGAGCCUUGGAGAGCCACAAACAAUCCUUAUGAUAGUAACUAUAGAAGGUGUGAUAACUUCCAGGGCUGGUACAGGCUGUUCUACAACGGUCAGAGUGUCCAGAUGCCAGAAUCCUGUGUUAAUCAGUACAUGUGUGGCACUUACAUCCCAAUGUGGCUCAACGGCUCUCAUCCACAGCUGGAAGAUGGAGUGGUCACCCGUCAGAUCUGUGGUUCCGCAUGGACUGGCUGCUGUAAUUACAAAUCCCUCCCUAUACAAGUCAAAGCCUGUCCAGGAAAUUACUAUGUUUAUGAGUUUGUCAGUCCAAUAUUCUGCGGAGCUUACUGUGCAGAUGUCACACGACUUAAUGCAACAACACCAGCAACACUAACAACAAAAACAACAACACCAAGAACACAAACAACAGCAACAACAUCCAUUACUACUCCAUUCACAACCACUGCUACACCCUCUGGCUCUGAUCCAUGUUAUAAUUAUACCACUCUUGAUGAAUAUUGGAGAGACAUACGGCAAAACCCAUAUCAGUACUCUGACCAUAAUGACAGUGCUGUUAAAUGGAAUGGCUGGUAUCGGCUGUAUCUGAAUGGGAAAAGUGCCCAGAUGUCUGAGUGGUGUGUGAGUCGUAUUGGAUGUGGCGGUAAUCUUGGACUGUAUCUCAAUGGUUCUCAUCCAAAACUUGAGGAUGGAGUGGUGACCCGUCAAGUUUUUGGAAGCUAUAUGGAUUCUUACCAGUGUGGAGGCUACAGAUCUGCACCCAUCCAAGUUAAAGCAUGUCCUGGAGAUUAUUACGUCUAUAAGCUUGUCAAGCCAGAUCUGUCGAUUUACAAGCCUUCAUACUGUGCAGUUGCUUUCCAAAACAUCAGCAGUGAUCCGUGCUACAACUAUGAGUCUCUGGAUCGCCCCUGGAGAGCUAACAAUGAAAGUGGAGAGUUUAUUUGGGAAGAAUCUUUCUCCUGGAAUGGCUGCCUCUUCGACAACAGCAACACCAGCAACACUAACAACAUCAAGAACACCAUCAACAACACCAAGAACAGCAUCAACAGCAACUUCAACAAGAACUGCAAUAACACCAUCAACAACAGCAACAACAUCAAGAACACCAUCAACAACACCAAGAACAGCAUCAACAGCAACAUCAACAAGAACUGCAAUAACACCAUCAACAGCAACAACAACAUCAACAACACCAAGAACAGCAUCAACAGCAACUUCAACAAGAACUACAAUAACACCAUCAACAACAACAUCAACAACACCAAGAACAGCAUCAACAGCAACAUCAACAAGAACUGCAAUAACACCAUCAACAACACCAAGAACAGCAUCAACAGCAACUUCAACAAGAACUGCAAUAACACCAUCAACAGCAACAACAACAUCAACAACACCAUCAACAACACCAAGAACAGCAUCAACAGCAACAUCAAUAAGAACUGCAUUAGGAACAGCAACAACACCAAGAACACAAACAACAACUAUUACUCCACAAAUCACAGCCACUGGUAA